CCGGGGCCCCUGCUCUCGGCGCCGGAGUUCGGAAGAGGGUGGGUCGCCGCCGCCCGAGGGCGAGAGCGCGAGAGGAGCGGGAAGAAGAAGCGCUCGCCCGCCCGCCCGCCGCCUCGCUGCCUCCCCGGCGCUCGCUCUCCCGGCUCCUAGGUUUGCUGGCAGCUCCUCCCACCCGCGCCCGCCUCCUUGCUCGCUCGCUCGCUCGCGCCGGUUUCCAAGCCCCGCGGUGUGCCCGGGAGAGUGCGGGGCGAGGGGCCCCGGGGCCAGCGCCGAGCCGGCGGUUGGGGUCCGGGCAGAGCGCAGCCGGCCGGGGAGGGGCCAUGUCCGGCGCGGGCGCAGCGGGGCCCGUCUGCAGCAAGUGACCCAGCGGCGUGGACCGCCCGCCUGCCCCCCUCCGCCGCCUGGGGCGGCGCGGGCCCGGGCGCCCGGCGCCCCGAGCCCGGGUCGCGCGUAGAGCCGGCGCGAUGCACGUGCGCUCGCUGCGCGCCGCUGCGCCUCACAGCUUUGUGGCGCUCUGGGCGCCCCUGUUCCUGCUGCGCUCUGCCCUGGCCGACUUCAGCCUGGACAACGAGGUGCACUCGAGCUUCAUUCACCGGCGUCUCCGCAGCCAGGAGCGGCGGGAGAUGCAGCGCGAGAUCCUCUCCAUCUUGGGCUUGCCCCAUCGCCCGCGCCCCCAUCUCCAGGGCAAGCACAACUCGGCGCCGAUGUUCAUGUUGGACUUAUACAAUGCCAUGGCGGUGGAGGAGAGCGGCGGGCCCGACGGCCAGGGCUUCUCCUACCCCUACAAGGCCGUCUUCAGUACCCAGGGCCCCCCUCUGGCCAGCCUGCAAGAUAGCCACUUCCUCACCGACGCAGACAUGGUCAUGAGCUUCGUCAACCUUGUGGAACACGACAGAGAGUUCUUCCAGCCACGCUACCACCAUCGGGAGUUCCGGUUUGACCUAUCCAAGAUCCCGGAAGGGGAGGCCGUGACUGCAGCCGAGUUCCGGAUCUACAAGGACUACGUCCGGGAGCGCUUUGAUAACGAGACGUUCCGGAUCAGCGUUUACCAGGUGCUGCAGGAGCACUUGGGCAGGGAGUCGGACCUGUUCCUGCUCGACAGCCGUACCCUCUGGGCCUCGGAGGAGGGCUGGCUGGUGUUCGACAUCACGGCCACCAGCAACCACUGGGUGGUCAACCCGCGACACAACCUGGGCCUGCAGCUCUCGGUGGAGACCUUGGGCGGGCAGAGCAUCAACCCCAAGUUGGCGGGUCUGAUCGGCCGGCACGGGCCCCAGAACAAGCAGCCCUUCAUGGUGGCCUUCUUCAAGGCCACCGAGGUCCACCUCCGCAGCACCCGCUCCACGGGGGGCAAGCAGCGCAGCCAGAACCGCUCCAAGACACUCAAGAGCCAGGAGGCCCUGCGGGGGGCCAACGUUGCAGAAAACAGCAGCAGUGACCAGAGGCAGGCCUGCAAGAAGCACGAGCUCUACGUCAGCUUCCGCGACCUGGGCUGGCAGGACUGGAUCAUCGCGCCUGAAGGCUACGCCGCCUACUACUGCGAGGGGGAGUGUGCCUUCCCUCUGAACUCCUACAUGAACGCCACCAACCACGCCAUCGUGCAGACACUGGUCCACUUUAUCAACCCGGAAACCGUGCCCAAGCCGUGCUGCGCGCCGACCCAGCUCAACGCCAUCUCCGUCCUCUACUUUGACGACAGCUCCAACGUCAUCCUGAAGAAAUACAGGAACAUGGUGGUCCGCGCCUGUGGCUGCCACUAGCACCUCCUGGGAGCCAGACCCUCUGGGGCCAUGUUCUCCGGGAUCCUGGUCUCCCACCGCCCAGUGUCUCCCACCACCCGCCUUGGCAAGGCACAGCAGACCCGGCGCCUUUUCAAGACCCGCCCGCCCCUCCCCAACCUUAGUGGUGUAGGAGAAUUAAGGGAUUUGAGAGGCAAAUGGCUUUUGAUCAGUUUUUCGUUGGCAUCCUAUGGACAAGAUCCUACAAGCUGCUGCAGGCAAACCUAACAGGAAACAAAAUAUGUAAAGAAAAAUGGCCCGGCCACGAUCAUUGGCCGUGAGUGUCAGCCGUGCACUGACUCGUCCCAGGGGAAAUUGGGAGCGCCCUUCAGCCAGGCCACCCGGCAGCUAGCGGGGGGAGGGGGGCGCGGCGCGGGGUGGGCACGUUUGCGUCCGUGCUAGAGCAAAACCGAGUCGGAAGUUCCUGUAAUAAAUGUCACAAUAAAACGAAUGAAUGAAAAUGGUUAGGAUGUUACACAUAUAUUUUCCUAAACAACUUAUCCCCAUUUCUUGCUUGGCUCUGAUGUCAUAAACAGCAGCCGUGGCCGGCGGAGGGCGCAGAGGCCCCGUCCUCUGCAGCCCGCUGUCGGUCUGAGGCUCUCGGGCCCAUGGUUUACGCAGACUUGCCCAAACCCGAGAUUCGGCCGGGAGAGGGAAGGGCCAAUUUCUGCUUGGAGGAGGGAGUGUGUUGUCCUUGAAGGAAAAAUGUGUCCCGUCCUUCAGCUGGGGGUGUGAUGGCAGGAAUUAAAAUAGGCCUGUCAAGCCCUGGGAGACGUUUGGAAUUGGUUUUCCAGCUCUCCUCGAGGUAGGAAAUCAAUGGAACAGCGGAGAGGAGGGGGCCCGCGUUCAGGACAGAACUCGAAACUCGACCCUGAACUCCAGCCAACACGGCCCUAUUUCCAGAAGCACGAAGGGAGCCUUGCCCUCGACAGGUGGGUGGGCAGGGGUCCUGUCCAUCUCUGUGGGCCCCUCCCUUGUUCAUUGAUCUCGUCCUGAAGUCUGGGUUCUGACAAGGGCCUCCCCACGUGGCCACCUCUUUUCCUUUGCAGACCUCUACUGAGGCUCUGAAAUGAUUGGCUCCUUAAAGUAAGGGAAAGAUGGCACAGUGGGAGGUCUGCUAGGUGCAGGGUGUGCUGGAUGCGAAUCUCAAAUGGAAGGAUCUAGAAGCCCUUCUGAAAGUGACACCUUAAUCAAGGGUCCUGACUAUGGGUGCCAUUUCUGACAUGGCUCUUGGCGCAAGCCUCCCUUGCCCUGGCCAGUGGGUCCCCUGAAUGGUCGCACCCAGCCUCCAGCAGCCCACAAGGCGGUGGGGAGGCCCAGGCCGUCUGUUGUCCAGGCGAGGCUGUGGCCUCUGGAGUCCUGUCCAGUGGGGAACUGUUUCUCCACCUUGGUUAAGUUGGUUCCUAGAAACACUGGGGCCCUGUUUUUCUUUUCUUUUCUUUUUUUCUUCUUUAGUAGCUUGGGCUGCAGGCUUCACUCUGCCUGGUCGACGGGAAGAGUCUCUGUUUCUGUUAUAUUUUGUUUUGUCUGUUGGCAGAUCUGGGGAUUUGUGUGUGAUUCGCUCUUGGUGCAAGUUUUCUCACUGCGUGGGCCCCAGCCGGCCUCUGGUUAGCACCAUUUGUACAUUGAAACAUGUAAAUAGUUGUUACGAAACAAAGAAAUUAUUUAUGUCCAUCUGAAGCUCUUGGACCCUCCUCAAUCCCUUGUCUGGGACGAUGAGCUCGCUUCCCUCCAAACUGUUUGUUUUCUUAUUUAAGACUAUUUAUUAACGGUCGGACCAAUGUACCUUCAGCUGUUGCAUAGAGCAGUCCUCAGCAAAAAUUCUGUACAAAUAGACAAAAUAAAGGGUUUUGACUUUGCAAUAAAAGGCGACAUUUGGUUCUGGUCCUUGG